AUGCCAGUACCUGGAGCUACAAUGUUAGAUGAAAAAACUGAUAACAUGAGGUCAAUUUCAGUUCUAUUCACCAUUGAAAAACGGUUUAACUUUAAAUUUCUUAGAGUAUUCGCUAAGUGGGCAUGUGACGGCAACAACCUGCGACUGUUUUUGAUGGCCGUAGAAAAAGUGAAAACGACGACUUUUCCCUCGCAAAAUGUCAAAAGAUUAAACAGCUCACAGUUGUUCCCGAAGUCCGGGGUUUACAGUGAACUAGUAACACCACCGGUAUCUCUGGAACCUGGUGGGAUAUUUACACCUUCAGAACUAACAAUUUACAAAAACAAACUAGAAUUUUUGGACGAGAUCGAUCGGUAG